AGAGUUGGAGGGCAGAGAGCAGUGCUCUUACGCGUCGAGUGAUUUGGUGUCAGUGCAGUUCUCAUGCGCUCAGGAGUUAGAUAGAGACGCAGCACCACACGAAAAACAGCCGAAUUUACUCCCGAGGAACAGCCCCGCUCUUCAAUUAGUGUCUUGAGUGCUAAUGAGGUUUUUAACACAGCAUCCAAAGUUGUUAAUGAAAUAGUGCCGUUUCGUGACACUGAUUUUGCGCAAAAGCUUCCCUUUGAUUUGGCGCCAGAUUUGCUGGGGAAUAAACGAUGAUUCUCGACGUGCUCUGUUCCUAUGAAAUGAUUUGGAUUGCGUCUCGCAUUUUUGGAGGAAAUCAGCACUGAACGCAAUACGACGUUUUCUGGACAACUUUGGUGCCAGUGGACACGGGCAGCCGCGAAAGUCUUUUACUGCCUCGAGAUUGUUGGCUCUAAGCAGGAUGGACCUCAUCGGGCUCUAUUUGUUCCAGCUGGCAAUUUUUGGGGUGUCACGGCUGGUGUCUGGGGGCCGGUGGGACUGUCUGACUGCGGGGGAUUCGUGCUCCAGCGAUGAGGCAUGCAGCCCACGCUUGAGAACGCUGCGGCAGUGUGUCGCAGGCGGCGGAAGCGUGAAGCUGGGACCGGGUGCGCGCAACCACUGUGAGAACGCAGUGACGGCCCUGCUAUCCAGCCCCCUGCACCGAUGCCAGUGCAAACGGGGUAUGAAGAGAGAGAAAAACUGUCUUAGCAUCUACUGGAGCCUCAAGCAGUCCGUGCUGCACGGGCUGAGCCUGGUGGAGAAUUACCCCUAUGAGCCUGUCGAGCGGGGCUUUGAUUAUGUUCGCCUGGCCUCCAUCGCUGCAGAGUCUGAGGUGGGUAUGACAACAGUGAACCAUUGUUUGGAUGCUGCUAAGGCCUGUAAUGUCGAUGAGACGUGUCAGAAACUACGCACGGAGUAUGUGUCGGCGUGCAUCGCCCCAUCAGCACGAGCCGGGCCCUGCAACAAAGCACGCUGCAGCAAAGCACUAAGGAAGUUCUUUGACCGUGUGCCGCCCGACUUCACGCACGAGCUGCUCUUCUGUCCAUGCUCUGACACGGCAUGCGCAGAACGACGGCGCCAGACCAUUGUGCCUGCAUGCUCGUAUGAAGAAAGGGAAAAACCCAAUUGCCUGGCACAACUUCGAGUUUGUGAGGCCGACUAUGUGUGCAAGUCCCGCUGGGCUCAGUUCCAGCACGACUGCCAACCCUCCGAGCUUACUGCCAGUGGCUGCCAGCAAGAAAAUUACGGAGCCUGCCUUGUUGCGUACACCGGCCUGAUAGGUGGCAUUAUCACUCCAAACUACCUAGAUAACUCUACAUCCAGUGUGGGACCAUGGUGCUCUUGUGUGGCUAGUGGGAAUUUCCGAGAUCAGUGCAACCACUUCCUUGGCAAUUUCCAUGACAACAAUUGCUUGAAGAAUGCCAUCCUGGCUUUUGGGAAUGACACAGAUCUGAAAUCUGCAACAAACCAAGCUCCGGGCUCCAACACCAAACAGAUCUUAGUUACCAGCACCGAGACCACCACUACCACCAUUGGUUCUGGCAUGGAGACCGAGCAGAACAUCCUGCGUCCACAGAUGCCCACACAGAUGAAUGAGAGAGACAGACUGUGGGGGGAUUCCACGCUCCCGUCCCCUGACCCCUAUGACGCCAGUCCUGCAGCAGCCCACCUGGCCAUGGUAAUGUGGCUCCUCCCCUUCCUGCUGCUGGCUCUCCAACUUUAAAAUCAAGCAACCAAUCAAAGCACCACAGAACUGGCACAGCGUGAGUGUGUUCAUGAGUUCGACUUCCGCAUAACAAUAAAUCGUUGGGAGAGGAUGCAAGAACUGCCAAACUCUCUAAAUGUAUGAAACCCUGAUCCAUUCCUCAAUGCAACAUAGUGAUUCAUUGUCUGGGUGUUCACAAUGAUUGACUUAAAGGGUUUAAAUAAUUGUGUCUCUCUCUCUCUUAAUUUGAACUGAAGAUGGUGCCCAUAUAAAAUAAAACCCCCUCUCUUCAAAGUGAGCACCUGAAAGGUAGUCAACGGGUAGCCUAUGCUACAAAUUGCACACCAAAAAAAAAAAAAAAAAAUUCUACCUGUUCAUCAUCCAUAAUUUAAUAUCUAUUUUAACCCAGCUCUUCCGAAUGGACGGUGUUGGUACGUGUGUUUUGUGAUGUUUGCUUGAAAAAGCACAAGUGGUAAGAGAAAGGAAGCUCUUUCAUGAGCUUCAGUGGGUUACAGAGACUGUCUUUAUUUUUGUAAUGUGGCUGUAUUGUUUAAGUGUACAUCCCACAGGCCGUUUCUCCCAGCAGUCUUGGAGUGGAGUGCACGUUUGCUAAGAAAAUGUGAGGGAUUUGAAGAGCAGAAGAGUUAAAGUAUCUUGAUGAAUGCCACGAUCGCUGAGUAGAUCUUGUAUAAUUCACCUGUGAAUAUGGGUGUCUGAAAUACUGCAUCAAACUGCUUAUGCAAAUGGAAAAAGAAGCACAAACCCUGUUAAAUGAAACACUUCCUGUUUAUGUGAAUUCAAGCAGCUUUAUCCCAUCUCCUUGCUCACUGUUUGUCUUAGCCUAUCAAAACGAGCACAAUGAGGGUCCACUGAUUCUCUCCAGUGGCUGACGGCAGUUUUCUGCGUCCCCAUCCUAUGAGCACUCGCCAUCUGCAGUUGUGUUGCUUUUUCAUUCUCAAUUGUCCUGUGAUGACAAACAAGGUGAGUGAAAAGUAAAUGCACUGACCCCAACAACCUCUAGAGACUACUGACCAAUCAGUGACCUGCAUCACAAAACGGGGCAAGGCAUUUCUCUCAAAUGGGUGGAAAUUGUGGAUUUUACUUGUUAUUUCCUGAAAAAUAAACCUGCCAGAUACGGAUGUACAGAAUAAUGCUUGUGUGUCCAAAUAUGUACAUAAAGUAAGAUCUUAUGUUUGUUAUGAUCCAGUAAAAAUCUGCAUUGGC